UUUUUUCUACUGUUUUUUACUUUGUGUGGGAUGCCUGUGUGUUUGAUCCAGUGCCGCUUGGGAUCAUGGGACUUCACGCUCGCUAGCACGAGGUGGUAGCAAAAUGGUGUUAUUCGUGCUGUAUGAACAUGCCGCUGGCUACGCUCUUUUCAAAGUUAUCGCUCAGGAAGAAGUCGGAGCUUUGCUACCAGAGGUGCAAGAGGCCGUCGGUGAUCUCGCUUUAUUUGGAAAACUCGUGAAGCUUGUCGCGUUCUCUCCAUUUAAAUCGGGAACUAAUGCGCUAGAUAAUGUGAACUGCAUUUCAGAAGGUAUCAUCCAUGAUGACCUCAAGGCAUUUGUUGAAGCCAAUGUCCCUACAGGGAAGAAGAAAUCCAAAGUAUUGCUUGGUGUUGCGGACUCUAAGAUUGGUGCUGCCAUCCAGGAGUCCCUCAACAUUUGUUGUGAUUCUGGGGGUGUUAUCCUCGAAGUGCUACGAGGAAUCAGGAUGCACUUUGACAAGAUGAUUAAAGGUCUAACUGGGGCCAUGGCCUCUAAAGCUCAGCUUGGCCUUGGUCAUAGCUACUCUAGAGCCAAGGUGAAGUUCAAUAUACAUCGUGUUGACAACAUGAUCAUUCAGUCUAUUGCGCUUCUGGAUCAGCUGGACAAGGACAUCAACACCUUCUCCAUGAGAAUAAGAGAGUGGUACUCAUACCAUUUUCCAGAGCUUGUCAAAAUCGUCAAUGAUAACUACAUGUACGCUAAGGUGGCCAAGUACAUCAAGUCUAGGAAGGACCUGAGCGAGGACAAGCUUGAAGGCCUUGAAGACAUUGUGAUGGAUGAAGCCAAGGCAAAAGCUAUUUAUGAUGCAUCAAAAAGCUCUAUGGGGAUGGAUAUCUCCCCUCUUGACCUGGUCAACAUUGAAAGCUUUGCUACCAAAGUGAUUGGCCUGGCUGACUACCGCAAGAGCCUUCACCAGUACCUGAUAUCCAAGAUGAGCAGUGUGGCUCCCAAUCUCUCUUCUCUUAUUGGUGAACUGGUGGGAGCAAGACUUAUUUCCCAUGCUGGCAGUCUGACGAAUCUGGCUAAGUACCCUGCCUCAACAGUGCAGAUCCUGGGAGCUGAAAAAGCUCUAUUCAGGGCCCUGAAGAAGAAAGGAAACACCCCCAAGUAUGGCUUGAUCUUUCACUCCUCCUUCAUUGGCCGUGCGGACAAGAAAAACAAAGGCAGGAUCUCUAGAUACCUGGCCAACAAAUGCUCCAUUGCCUCCAGGAUUGACUGUUUUUCUGAAACUCCUACUUCAGUAUUUGGCACAAAACUUCAUGAGCAAGUGGAAGACAGACUGAAAUUCUAUGAGACAGGAGAAGCUCCAAAGAAGAACAUUGAUGCAAUGAAAGAAGCCAUUGACAUCUUCAGCCAGGAGAAAUCCAAUGAAGAACUUCCAGAAUCUGAAAAAAAGAAGAAGAAAAAGAAGAAAGACAAGAAAAAGAAGACUGAAGAGGAGACAGUUCCAGAGACAGUUCAAACUGAAACGCCCUCUGCAAGGAAAAAGAAGAAGAAAGAAAAAGAACAGGAAGAAACUAUGGAAGAACAGCAAACGGAAGCAACCAGCUCGGCUAAGAAAAAGAAGAAAAGAAAAGUAGAAGAUGUGGAAGACGUAGAAGAGAAGGUUGAAGCAGAGACACCCAAAAAGAAAAAGAAGAAAUCUGAGACAACAGAAGAUGAAAUUGAAGAAUCAAUCAAUACUAGUGAGAAGAAGAAAAAGAAAAAGAAGAAGAAGCAAACUGAAGAAGAUUGAAGAUUCUUACUGGCCAGCACUCAGUAAUGAAAGAAAAUCAAACAAUCACUACAUUGCCUACAUGCCCCGAUUGGAGAUUAACAUUAUCAAAGUAAUAGUAAUGUUUUGUCUGAAGAAUUCCCAAGGUCAUAUGUAGUACAGUGAAGUUUGUAAGACCAUUGCCCUGUGUCAUCUUUUUACCAAAAUUUUAAAACAACAUCUGCUUUGUCACAGAUAUGUAAACUAUUUUGAUAUAAUAUGUGUAUACAUUUUUUGAAUCUGUCAAAUUUUAGUAUGUACCAUGGUAACAACACUUCCUGUAUAUUCUACUGUAUGAAUUAUAACCCUGCGAUGCUCGUGGAAUGUA